AAGUCUAGAAGAUUGGAGCAAGAGUCUUUCCGGAAACGGAAAAAUAAUUUUAUUCGUCGUGGUCAUGAAAUAAGUGACCGAUACAAAGUAGGGGUGUGGAUAUGUAUUCAGAAGGAGAACGGUCAGUUGUAUAUUUACGAUUCAAGUCCAACAAGA